CUGUGGCAGGAGGCGGACGAAGUUGCAAAACUCCCGGAGAGGAGGGAGCUACUCUGCAAAGCCUGCUGGAAGAGGACGCAAAAUUGAAACCUUAAAAGACAAAAAAACAAAAAAAAGAAAAACAACAAAACAAAAGAAACGCGAAGCGAACCGCAAACGCCAAUCCUCCCGACAUGUACAUGUACUGGAAUACUUUUUUGUAAUGUUGAUAAUAUAUUCUAUGUGAAGAAAGUAUUUAUACCUUUUCCUUUUUUUGUAUUUGCACUAACUAACGGUACUUCAGAACUACUGAGAAUCUUUAUUUUUUACACACACAAAAAAACGAAAACAUUAUCACACCCCGUGGAAGGACAUCACUUCUACAAAACCAGCACUUUUGCUUUUGAACCGUGUUUUUUUUUUUUUUUUUCCCCCCCUUUUUGUGUCCGAGCUGUCUGGUUGCUUUUUUUUGCCAUCCUGCCUGGUGAGCGCCUGUUGUGUUGCCAACAACCACGGAUAAACAAAGCAGACCCGGUGGACACAGUCAAGGUCAGACACGCCUAAUCUUCACGCACCUGGUAAACUUCAGCAGUUCGCUAUGCAGCUUGAAAUCCAAGUAGCUCUCAACUUCAUCAUCUCCUACCUGUACAACAAGCUGCCGAGGCGGCGGGUCAACAUUUUCGGUGAGGAGCUCGAGAGGCAGCUGAAGCAGAAGUAUGAGGGACACUGGUACCCGGACAAGCCAUACAAGGGCUCAGGAUUCAGAUGCAUCCACGUUGGGGAGAAGGUGGACCCAGUGGUGGAGAAGGCAGCCAAAGAGAGCGGGCUGGACAUCGAGGAUGUCCGCAAUAACCUGCCCCAGGACCUCAGCGUGUGGAUUGACCCCUUCGAGGUGUCCUAUCAGAUCGGUGAGAAGGGGCCCGUCAAAGUGUUGUACGUCGACGACAGCAACGAGAGCGGAGCGAACAGCGGGGGGCUCGAUCUGGAUAAGGAGAUCAAGAACAGCUUCAACCCCGACGCACAGGUCUUCAUGCCCAUCAGCGAGCCUGUGAACGGAGCCUCUCCGGGCUCCAGCUCCCCGUCUCCUCCUUUCGGCCACUCGGCAGCCGUCAGCCCCACCUUCAUGCCCCGCUCCACGCAGCCUUUAACCUUCACGACGGCAACCUUCGCCGCCACAAAGUUCGGCUCCACUAAGAUGAAGAGCAGUGGCCGCAACAACAACAACAACGGCGGGAGCGGCGCCGGGAACAAGGCGGCGCGUACCUCUCCCACCAACCUGGGCCUGAAUGUGAACAGUCUCCUGAAACAGAAAGCCAUCUCCACCUCCAUGCACUCUCUGUACGGGUUGGGCCUCGGGGUGCAGCAGCAGCAGCACCAGAAGCCCUCGGCCCUGUCCCCCAAUGCCAAGGAGUUUGUGUUCCCCAGCCUUCAGGGCCAGGGCAGCCAGAGCGCUCUCUUCCCCGGGGACAGCUCACUCAGCCUAAGCCCGCUGCAGUACAGCAAUGCCUUCGACGUGUUUGCGGCCUACGGUGGCCUUAACGACAAGUCCCUUAUGGAUGGCUUGAAUUUCAGCUUGAACAACAUGCAGUAUUCUAACCAGCAAUUCCAGCCAGUAAUGGCCAACUAGUACACGUAAAAGGUACUACUUAAGCUACUACUUCACACAGAAACGACCAGAGAUAAUGUGAUACGGGGAAAAAAAAAACAAACACAAAUGCACAUUUUGAAAACUUAAAAAAACAAAAAAAACAACAACAUGUAAACGAGAACAGAAUGUCAAGGAUAAAAGGAAAAAGUGACUUGUCAGCUGUAAGAUCUAUGUUACGAGUCUAAGAGCAUGAGCCCGAGGGUGAAUUACUUUGCCCCCUUGAGUUAUACCUUUAGUACAAGAUGUCCAAGCUUGGUUUUCCUAAACUUCAACAUGCAUCAUUGUUAUUUCUUUUGCCAACCAAGCACAAAAUAUUUUUUUUAUGUGACUGUUUUAAGAUAUAUAAAAAAAAAGGACAAAAAAACACAAAAAACAAACUCCACCACAAGUCAUGGCCUCUUUCAGUAUUUAAACAUAACUGGACACCGCCAAUUUUUUUCAAGAAAUUGGCACAAAUAAGUGGGAUUUCCUGGUCUUUUUUCUAAUUGUAUAAUUUAAUUUAGUACAGAGUUUGUAAAAUAUCAGAGUAUCUAUUGUUUCUACGACAUGGUAUUGCAUUUAUAUCUUUUUACUACUCCAGUGAUCUGUGAUGGCUGCAGCAACUUUAUGUUUUCUUUUUUUUUUAUUGAAAUUAUAAAAAAUGAAUCCAUCUUUAAGAAAAAAAAACAAGAAGAAAAAAAAAAACAUUGACUAUUCUAAAGAUUGUGUACAGAAUAUUCCGUAGUGGUGGGAUUUAAGAAUAUUUGCUUUUUUGAAAAACAUAAGAGUUGUAUUUUCUGUUAAGAGUUUAAAGAUUUUUGCUAUAUUAUGGACAAAAUGUAAUCGUAUAUUAAUUUUGUACCUACAUUGUGCAAUACUUGAUAAAAAACAAACGGUAUAACAAAGUAUUUGGAGUCAGUGUCUUACAUGUUAAGAGGGACUGAUAGUUUAUUAAGUUUGUAUUAAAAAGCUUGAAAAUAA